AUGUUUGAGAAGUCUACUGUCAGUGCCAUCGCCAUGGAAGUUCUGAAACAGUUCACAGGAGUAACGGAUCCCUUGUCCUCGACAGAAGUUUACCCUAUCCAGGACCCCUUGUCCCGACAGAAGUUAACCCUCUCCAGGGUCCCUUGUUCCGACAAAAGUUUACCCUCUCCAGGACCCCUUGUCCUCGACAAAAGUCUACCCUAUCCAGGACCCCUUGUCCUCGACAGAAGUUUACCCUCUCCAGGACCCCUUGUCCUCGACGGAACUUUUCCCUUUCCAGGACCCCUUGUCCCGACAAAAGUUUACCCUAUCCAGGACUCCUUGUCCUCGACAAAAGUCUACCCUAUCCAGGACCCCUUGUCCUCGACAAAAAUUUACCCUCUCCAGGAUCCCUUGUCCUCGACAGAAGUUUACCCUAUCCAGGACCCCUUGUCCCGACAGAAGUUAACCCUCUCCAGGGUCCCUUGUUCCGACAAAAGUUUACCCUCUCCAGGACCCCUUGUCCUCGACAAAAGUCUACCCUAUCCAGGACCCCUUGUCCUCGACAGAAGUUUACCCUCUCCAGGACCCCUUGUCCUCGACGGAACUUUUCCCUUUCCAGGACCCCUUGUCCAGACAAAAGUUUACCCUAUCCAGGAGCCCUUGUCCUCGACAAAAGUUUACCCUCUCCAGGACCCUUUUGUCCUCGACAAGAGUUUACCCUCUCCAGGACCCCUUGUCCUCGACAGAAGUUUACCCUAUCCAGGACCCCUUGUCCUCGACGGAACUUUCCCCUUUCCAGGACCCCUUGUCCCGACAAAAGUUUACCCUAUCCAGGAUCCCUUGUCCUCGACAAAAGUUUACCCUCUCCAGGACCCCUUGUCCUCGACAGAAGUUUACCCUAUCCAGGACCCCUUGUCCCGACAAAAGUUUACCCUCUCCAGGACCCCUUUCCUCGACAAAAGUCUACCCUAUCCAGGACCCCUUGUCCUCGACAGAAGUUUACCCUAUCCAGGACCCCUUGUCCCGACAGAAGUUUACCCUCUCCAGGACCCCUUGUCCUCGAGAGAAGUUUACCCUCUCCAGGACCCCUUGUACUCGACAGAAGUUCACCCUCUCCAGGUCCUCUUGUCCUCGAGAGAAGUUAAUCUUCUCCAGGACCCCUUCUACUCGACAGAAGUUCACCCUCUCCAGGACCCCUUGUCCUCAACAGCAGUUUACCCUCUCCAGGACCGCUUGUGCUCGACAGAAGUUUACCCUUUCCAGUACCCCUCGUCCCGAUAG